AUGGAGCAAAUGGCUGCAGAAGACGCAUAUGAUACAUUGUUCACGAGGCUGGGUCGAGGGUUCAAAUAUGAUCCUUUGACUGAAUUACCGGAUGAUUUUGAGCAAUAUUUUGUUCGCCUACAACGGAAGCCGCAUCAGACACUUCAAGACUACAUGAACGAUUACACUCGUUGUGAACGACGGCUCCAGAUCAAGAAGUACAUUCAUUUUCUGCUUGAAGAAGGUUUUGACAUUCACAACAUCCCUAUGUUCCACUGUCAGAAGGGUUUCAAGUAUGGUAACAGCAUGAAGGAGACAACAGACAAGUGCAUUGUUCUUCCAAUUUUUCUGGGUGGACGCCGGAUUGAUGUGUUGCCAUAUGUGAUCAAAGGCACAGCACCCAUUUUGAUUGGACGGCCAUUGCUUGAGCAGUUGGGCUUGACAGUUGAUUAUCGUCAGAAGUUGAUGAAGUGGCCUGACAGCGAUUGGGAACCACUCCCAGUCGGAGCUCGAGGAGAACAUCUCCUUCAUCUCGGCAAAGACAUUCGCAAGUGUCUCAAUGAUGAUCCUCAACAAGUUCUUCUACCAGAGGACACAGAAUCUCAUGUCGGUGAACCCCUUCCACAAGGCAUCAAGAGUUUGCUUGAAGAGGUGAUGACUGCCGAGGACACGUUGGACGUGUCGAAACCUCAGCAGGAAGCCACGUCGGCUCACACACGUCGUGAAGACGGAGCUCAGGAGGAGGAGAUUGGAGUGGUCAAACGACUCCAAGGACAUGUUUUGAGAAAGAUGGAAAAGAAGGCAGAAGAAGCAUGUCGAGCAGAAGAGCAGGUGUUGCGUCAGAGCACCACCAUCAACAAGGACAGCAAAUGUCGUGUUGUGUGGGAAGUCUUUGGAGCAGGUGGGAGGAGUCGCAGUUCGAUAGCCGAAGAUUACCCAGAGAAGUUGGCAAAGAAGCUGGCUUAUUUGAUGCAGAAAGACCCAACCGAUGAUCAGAUCUUUGCUGCAGAAGAGGAUGAAGAUGUUGAGAUGCCAGAGGCUGAACCGGAAAUCGAGAGUAAACAGCACAUUGAAGUAUUGGAGCAUGACAAACAACAUGUUUUGCCAAAAGAGUUGUUUGACGAUGGUGCAGGACCAGCAGGUGUUCCUCCAGCUGCAGGCCUAACGGCCAGAGUGUUUGGAGAACGACUCAUGGCUGACACUGCAUGGAUCGACACUGAUGAUGGUCGUGUUUGUGUCAUGACAUUGAUGGAUCAAGCAACACGAUAUGUGGCCAUUCGCAUCAUGAAGAGUGAACGCUCAGUUGAUCUAGUGAAGGGCAUUGAGAGAAGCUGGAUCAAACACUUUUCCAUCCCCAAGUACAUUCGAGUUGAUGAAGGAAAAGGCUUUGCAGCAAAAUAUCUUCGAGAUUGGUGUUCUGAAAGGAAUGUGAUUUUGGAGAUAGCACCCGCUGAGAGUCACAACUGGAUGGGCUCGAUUGAAAGGAAGCAUCAAGUGGUCAGGAAAAGCCUCGAGAUCUACAUGCAGGAGUCAGCAGCUGACACAUACAGUUUGACGGCAGGAGUGUUCAAUCCAAGUUUUUCACCAAUGAAUGAUCCACUUGAUUUCAAUCAGAUCCAAGCAAAGAGGCUAGCAGCACAGAUGGCAUUUCUGAAAGCAGACUCCGAUGCUCGCCUUCGUCGUGCAAUGCUUCAGAAUUUCAAGAAGACCAAGCACUACAUUGUUGUGGGACAGUUGUGCUACUAUUGGAGGAUUCAACGUUCCGGAAUUCUUCAGAAGAACAAGUGGAGAGGUCCUGCAAGAUGUGUUGCUGAAGAAAGGGACGAAGAUGGCAAGCAGAUCGUGCUUUGGUUGUGCCAUGGAACCUCAUUGCUUCGUUGCUCUCCUCAUCAAGUACGACCCCUUGUGAAAGAUGCAGGCUUACACAAACCAGUUGACACCAAGGCUGCAUUGGAAGACUUGAAGGAACUACGAGCACGAAGCACCACACAGUUCAGAGAUGUGUUGCAACAGCCCGAAGAAUAUGAGCUUGAAGAUUUGAUGGACAAUGAACAAGAUGAUCUUCUUGAAUAUGAGCCAUCGGAAGCACCAAUAGAUCGUGAAGAUGAACCAGUGAUCAUCCCAGAUGAUGAGAUUCCAGGUGCUGCGCUGAUGUAUCAGCGUGGGAGAAGUGAAGAAGGCCGACCUAUGUCAUCAGCUUCCCCAUCCACAGAAGUGCCAGAAUGUCCAUCGGUGACCGGAGAAGAUCAAGAGAUGAAGAAUGACAUUGAAGAAGAGGUGGUGGUGGGUUUGAUCAUUGUACACGUUGAUGAUCUUUUGAUGAGUUUCAACAUGAAGGACAACGAGGCAGUGAACAAGAUUCAAGAGAUCAGAAAGGCAUUUGAUUUUGGAAAGUGGCAAGAUUUGAAACAAGGUGAAGACAUCAUCUAUUGUGGAGGCCGCAUUUCAAAGCAACAGCUAGCAGAGAUGCUGAAGAGUGGAUGGCUUAGCAUCGUUCAUGAUGAGAACUACGUUGCUGCAAGAAUCUCAAUGGUCGUUGCAUUGAGCAACGUUGCACAGACAGCCGCUCAGAACAUGACCGAAGUGGGUGAGCAAGUUGAUGUGGUGGAGUCCUUCUUUGCUGACUAUGCAGUGGACUACGCUUUCAUUGAGGUGCAGGCGAUCGAGGUGAAAAGCCGCGAAGCUCUGCCGUACAUUUUGUACACCCGGGCCACUGGAGAGUUCACCACCUUGGGGAUCUUGGCAUUCAUCGUUUGGAUUUGCUGGAGAUCUGAGCUUUUAAGAGUGAUCUAUGAGAUUUGCAGCGAUGUGGAGGACAUUGCUUUGCCACAGACGGCGGUGCAGUAUCUCCACAGCGUCGAGAAUACCCACAUGCAUUUGUUUCUCACUUUCCUACUCUACUUCUUGAUCAUGACCAUGAGCUUGGUCAUCGCCCAAAAUAUCAUGAAGCAGUGGGCGGCAUCCCUUGAAGUCUACGACCGGGAGAGGCGUUGUUUCGUCUCAACCCGUGGAAAGGCGGGAGAAGCUAGCUUCAAUGAGAGCCAGUGGUCCAAAGACUUCCUGGUCAUCCGUCAGACCUUUCUGGACCACUUGCCGAAGGUAGCGCGCCGGUGGGAUUUCUUUGAUCAAAAGGUGGGAGAUGUUUUGAAGAAGCACAACAUCAAGUUGGACGAUCCGGACAGCCUUCCGGAAUUUUUAACGCCGUGGUUCCCUUUCAGCCACUACGUCUUGGAGAACUACCGCGACAUGCUGGAUUACAUGGUGGAGAUCCACAUGCUCUCGUUGGCCUGCCUGGCCAUCGCACAAGGUUUUCAAGCGGGAAUUCAUCGAAUGAAGCUGGACUUCGAGUUCAGCUAUGUUUGGAUCAUUGGCUUUACUCUAAUCGCCAUCGGCUUGUACUGGUACACCCGGAAAUUCCAUUGCGAGUUGAAGGAAGGCAAGUAUCUGCAUGGAGAGCUCCCAGAUGCAGGUUGGCUCCAAUCGUCUUCCUUCUGUCAGAACCUUUGCGUGGUACUGCAAGUCUGCCUGCUGGUCAUUUGCUUCGAGCUCACUAGACCAAUGGCUCACCCUUGGCCUUGGUCUAUCAACCUUUGGCAGUCGGUGUCCCACGUGAUCACGGCGGCGGUGGUGAUGCCCCUGGCUGGCCUGGGGCUAGGGCACCUCCUUUCUCGUUUGGCUGUGGCACUCUCCUGCGGCACUGUGAGCCGGACGAAUGUGCUCCGCAUCGUCCUCAUCCUUGAGCAACACUUGCAUGGCAGAAGCUACCUCUCAUGCAGGAAGGACCUGGAUUUGCAGCAAAUUCCCAGCCUGGAGGCCAAAGCGAAGGGAACUAGGUCCACCUGUGACACUUUGGAGGUGAAAGCCGAACGGGUGUCAAUGUGA